AUGGGUCAAGGUAUUUUUUUCUGAAAUAUUUUCAGCAGAAUUAGCGAAAAACGGACGUUCGAAGUCUGCCAAAAUUUCGAGGGGAUCGCGCGCGCCAACACGAGAAACGCGCCAGCCCUCAUUUCUGUUUCGGUGCCUUGAAGCGAGCGCUCCCGACGAAAUUGCCUCGCGGAACUCUCUAUUCCCCCUCGCGUCUGUUCUUUUGUCGAUUCCCCUUUCGACGCACCUCUGAAUUCACUUCUGCUCCGCGCCACAGACGGACGAACGGUCGCCGCUCCUUUGCUCAGCUUAGUUUCAGCUCGCCUGAUCUCCCAAUUCGCAACUCGCGAAAGUAUAAUCAGCGAAAAAGCAAUCCAUUCAUUCUCGGUGUUCGCUUUCAACUUAUUCCUUUUUCGCGCUGCACAAACUGGCCGAACUAUUGAUUAGACAAGAAGGGAAAACAAAACUGAGUCAGUCGCUUGUUCAUUCGUUCGCCCCCCAGAUGUCAUCAUCAUUUUGACCUCCUCAUUCCCUCGUAUCUAUCACUUGCUCUCCCGCCGUCUUUGCUCCUUCAAAUUCUCUUAUCAUAAGUUUUAUAACACUGUUUUUUCAUUCAGUGUGUUCACGAAACGAGAGAGAUUCCGAUUUGAACGACUCGUUUGGAUUCGACUCGUUCUUGGAGAUGAGUGGGCGCCCUGGCAAUGGAGGACAGCAGAAAAUGCGGAUCCGUCCGUUUAUGGUGAGUUCUUAGCAGAUACGUGCCAGAUUAAAAUGCCGAACCGCCGUCCUGCUUUUCUUUUUUUUUUACAUCUUUUUGCAACAAUGCCGCACGCGAUCCAUCGUGUUUUGCUGUGUCGUUCGCAAGCGUAGUCACUUUGCGCUCCCUCUCUCUCUCCCGAAAAUCAAUAAUAUUAGUUGGUUGAUUGCUGAUGCCGCCUCCUAAAAAGCCACGAUUUCCGGUUGGUAAUAACUGCGAAAUGUGUUUGACGAAAAUCGAUAAAUCCGUAUUUCUUGUAGGCUACAAUUGAUGAGCAGUACGUGACACAAACAUGGGAUCUCCUGAAACGAGCAAUACAGGAGAUUCAACGAAAAAACAAUUCUGGUCUAAGUUUCGAAGAACUUUACCGAAAUGCGUACACGAUGGUGCUCCACAAACACGGCGAACGUCUGUACAACGGGCUCAAAGAUGUCAUCCAGGAGCACAUGGCCAACGUUCGAUUGCGAAUUGUCGAAUCAAUGCAAAAGGGCAACUUUCUGGACACUGUCGCCGACUCGUGGACGGAUCACACUGUGGCGAUGGUCAUGAUCCGAGACAUUCUCAUGUACAUGGACCGCAUUUACGUCGCUCAGAAUACUCACGUUCUUCCCGUCUACAAUCUCGGUCUUGACUCGUUCAGAACUGAAAUUCUCCGUCAAAACGGCAUCGGGGACCGUUUGCGUGAUUCUCUUCUGGAGCUUAUCAAACUCGACCGAAAAAGCAAUCAAAUCAACUGGCACGGAAUAAAGAACGCGUGCGACAUGUUGAUCUCGCUCGGAAUCGAUUCUCGUCGCGUCUACGAGGACGAGUUCGAGAGACCGCUGCUGAAGGAGACGAGCGACUACUACAGAGACGUGUGCAAGGAUUGGCUGAACGGGGAGAACGACGCGUGCUUCUACCUGUCGCAAGUGGAGAAUUGCAUGCACGAGGAGGCGAAUCGCGCGUCGCGCUACCUCGACAAACCGACGGAGACGAAAAUUCUGCAGGUGAUGGACGAUGUGAUGGUCGCCGAACACAUCAACACGAUUGUGUACAUGCCGAACGGAGGAGUCAAGUUUAUGUUGGAGCACAAGAAAACUGAGGACUUGACGCGCAUCUUCCGCAUCUUCAAACGUAUCACCGCUUCCGAAGUCGUUCCAGAGGGAGGACUGAAGGUGCUGCUCCGUGCUGUCAGCGAGUAAGUACAGUUAGAGAGACAGAUAUGUUUAUUUGCACGUUCACUUGUUUAUUGGUGUUAGUGUUGACAAUAGUGAUAAUCAGCAGAACAAGACUCGUCUUUAUUGCAGGUAUCUCACCGAGACCGGCACCAACAUAGUGAAAAAUGAGGAUCUGCUCAAGAAUCCAGUGCAGUUCGUCAAUGAGCUUCUCCAGCUCAAGGACUACUUCUCGAGCAUCCUGACCACUGCGUUCGCCGAUGAUCGUGACUUCAAGAAUAGAUUCCAAUUCGACUUUGAAAUGUUCCUCAACUCGAAUCGCCAGUCGCCAGAAUUUGUCGCUUUGUAUAUGGAUGACAUGCUCCGCAGUGGUCUCAAAUGUGUGUCGGACGCUGAAAUGGACAACAAGCUGGACAACGUGAUGAUUUUGUUCCGUUAUCUGCAAGAGAAGGAUGUCUUCGAGCGCUACUUCAAGCAGUACCUCGCCAAACGUCUCUUGCUCGACAAAUCGUGUUCGGAUGACGUGGAGAAGGCGUUGCUGGCAAAACUGAAGACCGAGUGUGGAUGUCAGUUCACACAAAAGUUGGAGAGCAUGUUCCGUGAUAAGGAACUCUGGCUGAAUCUCGCCACGAGCUUCCGCGAUUGGAAGGAAACGCAGCCGACGAAGGUGCCGAUUGACAUAUCGCUGCGCGUGCUGACUGCCGGAGUGUGGCCCACUCAACAGUGCAAUCCGGUGGUCCUGCCGGUCGAGUUGUCGACUGCGUACGAUGUAAGCGACUUGGUCAGAUCUUCCCUAAACGAAUAAUUGUUGUAUUUUAGAUGUUCACACAAUACUACACGGAGAAACACACGGGUCGCAAGUUGGCGCUGAACACUCUUCUCGGAAAUGCCGAUGUGAAGGCGACGUUCUACCCGCCGGCGAAGGCGAGUAUGUCGAACGACGAGAACGGACCCGGCCCGUCGUCGUCGUCUUCUUCGAUGUCGGAGAAGGAGCGGAAGCCGGAGCAUAAGAUCCUGCAAGUGAACACUCAUCAGAUGAUCAUUCUUCUCCAAUUCAACCACCGAGCUCGAAUUUCUUGUCAGCAAUUGAUGGAUGAACUAAAGAUCCCGGAGCGUGAGCUCAAGAGAAAUUUACAGUCGCUGGCCCUCGGAAAGGCGUCGCAGCGAAUUCUUGUGCGAAAAAACAAGGGGAAAGAUUCAGUCGGUUAGUUAUUGUCCAAUUUUUUUCAAAACGGUUGUUGAUUGUUUUCAGACUUGGCGGACGAGUUUGCUGUUAACGACAACUUCCAAUCGAAACUUACUCGUGUCAAGGUGCAGAUGGUGACAGGAAAGGUUGAAACAGAACCGGAAAUCAAGGAGACGCGGCAGAAGGUGGAGGACGACAGGAAACUGGAAGUGGAGGCGGCCAUCGUUCGCAUUAUGAAGGCGCGCAAGCGGCUGAAUCACAACAAUCUCAUCACAGAGGUAAACAUCCGGCAAGAUGAUCCUUUUGUGCAUAGUUUCGUUCUUCAGGUCACUCAGCAGCUCCGUCAUCGCUUUUUGCCUUCGCCGACGACUAUCAAACAACGAAUCGAGACUCUGAUCGAACGAGAGUACCUUAGUCGCGACGAGAAUGAUCACCGCUCCUACCAGUACAUCGCUUAA